AUGAUAUCAACGUUAGCUACCUUUCCUCCAUUUCUGCACAAGGAUAUUAUUGAAUAUCUUAGCACAUCUUUUCUACCAAUGGCUAUAUAUCAGAAAAUGAUUCUGUUAGGAUGCUUUCUGAUGAUGGUUCUAUUUAGAAAAAAGAAAAUAGUGAAGUAUCUGUUUUUACUGGGCAUGGAGAAUUUCAGUGAAAAGUAUUCAUCAGCUGUGCUUUGCUUUACAGCUUGGAAUCCCAUCCACUGCCAGCACAUUGAAUGCCACAACGCAAUUAACAAACCAGCUGUGAAGCACAGUAGUGAAGUGGGGGCCUCCGCGGAGACCCACCUCUACCAGACCUCCCCUCCCCCCAUCAACACGCGGGAAUGUGGCGCAGAGGAGCUGGUCUGCGCCGUGGAGGCCGUGAUCAGCUUGUUGAAGGAAGCCGAGUUCCACGCUGAGCAGCGGGAGUAUGAGCUGAAUCGACGGCGGCAGCUGGGCCUCUCCUCUUCCCACCAUUCCCUGGAUAACGCUGACUUUGAUAACAAGGACGAUGAUAAACAUGACCAGAGGCUGCUCAGUCAAUUUGGAAUAUGGUUCUUAGUGAGCCUCUGCACACCCAGUGAGAACACGCCUACGGAAAGCUUGGCCCGGCUGGUGGCCAUGGUGUUUCAGUGGUUUCACUCUACAGCAUAUAUGAUGGAUGAUGAAGUUGGAAGUUUGGUGGAAAAACUGAAGCCGCAGUUUGUCACCAAGUGGUUGAAGACAGUAUGCGAUGUUCGCUUUGAUGUCAUGGUCAUGUGCCUUCUUCCCAAACCCAUGGAAUUCGCCAGGGUUGGUGGCUACUGGGAUAAGUCCUGCAGCACAGUGACUCAGCUGAAGGAAGGUCUCAACCGAAUCCUCUGCCUGAUCCCCUACAAUGUGAUCAGUCAAUCUGUGUGGGAGUGUAUCAUGCCCGAAUGGCUGGAAGCCAUCAGAACAGAAGUCCCAGAUAAUCAGUUAAAAGAAUUCAGGGAAGUAUUAAGCAAAAUGUUUGACAUUGAGCUCUGUCCUCUGCCUUUCUCAAUGGAAGAGAUGUUUGGCUUUAUUAGUUGUCGAUUUACAGGAUACCCCUCCUCUGUACAGGAGCAAGCUUUACUGUGGCUUCAUGUAUUAUCGGAGUUAGAUAUCAUGGUUCCACUUCAACUAUUAAUAAGCAUGUUUUCUGAUGGAGUUAAUUCUGUCAAAGAACUGGCAAAUCAAAGAAAAUCAAGAGUCAGUGAACUGGCAGGGAACCUUGCAUCUCGAAGGGUGAGUGUUGCCUCUGAUCCUGGCCGACGAGUUCAGCACAAUAUGCUCAGUCCAUUUCAUAGUCCUUUCCAGAGUCCAUUUCGGAGUCCUAUGCGUAGUCCAUUUCGUAGCCCUUUCAAGAAUUUUGGACACCCAGGAGGAAGGACUAUUGACUUUGAUUGUGAAGAUGAUGAAAUGAAUCUAAAUUGUUUCAUCCUCAUGUUUGAUCUUCUCCUGAAACAGAUGGAGUUACAAGAUGAUGGGAUCACGAUGGGUUUAGAGCACAGCUUGUCAAAGGACAUUAUUUCUAUUAUAAACAAUGUCUUCCAAGCCCCCUGGGGGGGAUCUCACACCUGCCAGAAGGCAGAAAAAGCAGUCGAGUGUAACUUAUGUCAGUCUAGCAUUCUCUGCUAUCAGCUUGCUUGUGAACUCCUGGAGAGACUAGCUCCCAAAGAAGAAAGCCGGCUGGUGGAGCCCACAGACAGCCUCGAGGAUAGCCUCCUUUCUUCCAGACCAGAGUUCAUCAUAGGCCCUGAGGGAGAGGAGGAGGAGAACCCAGCCACCAAGCAAGGGGAGAACCCAGGCAACCGCACUGAGCCCGCGGAACAUGCUGCAAUAAAAAAUGAUACUGAGAGAAAAUUUUGCUACCAGCAGCUUCCAGUGACCUUGAGACUAAUAUAUACCAUUUUCCAGGAAAUGGCUAAGUUUGAAGAGCCAGACAUUCUUUUUAAUAUGCUCAAUUGCCUGAAGAUUCUCUGUCUGCAUGGAGAGUGUUUAUACAUUGCUAGAAAAGAUCACCCUCAAUUUCUAGCCUACAUUCAAGAUCAUAUGUUGAUUGCAAGCCUGUGGAGAGUCGUCAAGUCCGAGUUCUCCCAGCUGUCCUCACUGGCCGUCCCUCUCCUGCUCCACGCCCUGUCACUUCCUCAUGGUGCUGACAUCUUCUGGACAAUCAUAAACGGCAACUUCAACAGCAAAGACUGGAAGAUGCGGUUUGAAGCAGUGGAAAAAGUGGCUGUCAUUUGUAGAUUUCUGGAUAUUCACUCAGUGACCAAAAACCACCUGCUGAAGUACUCUCUGGCACAUGCCUUCUGCUGCUUUCUAACAGCUGUGGAGGAUGUCAACCCAGCAGUGGCUACCAGGGCUGGUCUCCUGCUUGACACCAUAAAGAGGCCGGCAUUGCAGGGUCUGUGUCUUUGUCUUGACUUCCAGUUUGACACUGUGGUUAAGGACCGACCCACAAUUUUGAGCAAGCUAUUGCUCUUGCACUUUCUUAAGCAGGACAUUCCUGCUUUGAGCUGGGAGUUCUUUGUCAAUAGAUUUGAGACGCUUUCUUUGGAAGCUCAGCUGCAUUUGGAUUGUAACAAAGAAUUUCCUUUUCCUACAACCAUCACUGCUGUGAGGACCAAUGUUGCUAACCUCAGUGAUGCAGCCUUGUGGAAGAUCAAGAGGGCUCGCUUUGCAAGAAACCGCCAGAAGAGUGUGCGCUCCCUGAGGGACAGCGUGAAAGGGCCUGUGGAAUCCAAGAGGGCGCUCUCCCUCCCUGAGACCCUGACCUCCAAAAUUCGACAACAAUCUCCUGAGAAUGACAACACCAUCAAGGACCUGCUCCCAGAAGAUGCUGGCAUCGACCACCAGACAGUUCACCAGCUGAUUACAGUGCUCAUGAAGUUCAUGGCCAAGGAUGAGAGCAGCGCCGAGUCAGACAUCAGCAGUGCGAAGGCCUUCAACACAGUCAAGCGGCACCUGUAUGUCUUACUCGGCUACGACCAACAGGAAGGUUGCUUCAUGAUUGCGCCUCAAAAAAUGCGCCUGUCAACUUGCUUUAAUGCAUUUAUUGCAGGAAUUGCCCAAGUUAUGGACUAUAACAUUAACUUGGGAAAACACCUUCUCCCCUUGGUGGUUCAGGUGCUCAAAUACUGUUCUUGUCCUCAACUACGGCAUUAUUUCCAACAGCCACCUCGUUGUUCCCUCUGGUCCCUCAAACCUCACAUCCGGCAGAUGUGGUUGAAGGCCUUGCUUGUCAUCCUUUAUAAGUAUCCGUACCGAGACUGUGAAAUCAGCAAGAUCCUGCUGCAUCUGAUUCACAUAACGGUCAAUACCCUCAAUGCGCAGUAUCAUAGCUGCAAGCCCCAUGCCACGGCAGGACCUUUGUACAGUGACAACAGUAACAUAAGCAGAUACAGUGAAAAAGAAAAAGGUGAAAUAGAACUGGCUGAAUAUAGAGAGACGGGUACAUUACAAGACAGCCUGCUACACUGUGUGAGAGAAGAAAGCAUUCAGAAAAAAAAGCUGCGUUCUUUUAAACAAAAAUCUCUUGAUAUAGGGAAUGCAGACUCCCUCUUGUUUACAUUAGACGAGCAUCGUAGGAAGUCUUGCAUAGACCGGUGUGACGUAGAGAAGCCUCCUGCCCAAGCUGCUUACAUCACACAAAGACAAAAUGACCCCGGACGUUCUAGACAGAAUUCUGCUACGAGGCCCGAGACUAUCGAGAUCCCUGAGAACCCAGCCGCAGAGGGAUUUCAAGACACUCGGAGGCCGGUCAUACCAGAAGUCAGGUUAAACUGCAUGGAGACGUUCGAGGUGAAAAUUGACUCUCCCGUAAAGGUAGCUCCUAAGGAGGAUUUAGAUCUGAUAGAUCUGUCCUCAGAUUCAACAUCUGGGCCUGAAAAGCACUCCAUACUCUCAACGUCUGACAGCGACUCUCUUAUAUUUGAGCCUCUUCCACCUCUCAGAAUCGUAGAGAGUGACGAAGAGGAGGAGACGAUGAACCAAGGCAAUGGUGGCACCUCUGGUAAAAACGCUGCCUCCUCGCCCUCUGUUCCCAGCCAGCCCCCCGUCCUGGGCCUGAGCGCAACCCUCCUCGUGCAAGUAAGUGUGGAGGAUUGUUCCAAAGACUUUGCUACCAAGGACUCAGGAAAUAACCAGUCGGCGGGUGACAAGGACUCCGUUCUCAUAGCCCUGGAAGACCCUGCAGACUCCGAGGAACUGUCCAGGCCGGAGGAGCUGCCCGAGUUCUCCUGUGGCAGCCCCCUAACACUGAAACAGAAACGCGACCUGCUUCAGAAGUCGUCUGCUGUCCCCGAGAUGUCGCUGGAUAACCCUGAUGCCAGCGCCGAGGAGGAGAAGCCCGAUGGGCUGAUGCCAAGUUCAGGAGCAAAAACUGUCCUCCUCAAAGUUCCCGAAGAUGCGGAGAAUCCAAUAGAAAGUGAGAAGCCCGAUACAAGUGCCGAAUCCGAUACCGAACAGAAUCCUGAAAGGAAGGUGGAAGAGGAUGGAGCUGAGGAAUCAGAAUUUAAGAUUCAGAUUGUUCCCAGGCAGAGGAAACAGCGAAAGAUUGCUGUCAGUGCUAUCCAGAGAGAGUACCUCGACAUUUCCUUCAACAUUCUAGACAAGUUGGGAGAACAGAAAGACCCAGAUUCCUCUACUAAAGGGCUUUCAACUUUGGAAAUGCCACGAGAAUCCUCAUCUGCACCUACGUUAGAAGCAGGGGUGCCAGAAACAAGCAGCCAUUCCUCAAUAUCAACUCAGUAUAGGCAGAUGAAAAGGGGAUCCCUGGGAGUUCUGACAAUGGGCCAGUUAACGAAGCGCCAGCUGGAACAUCAGUCUAGCGCCCCCCAUAACAUCAGCAACUGGGACACUGAACAGAUACAGCCCGGGAAACGCCAAUGUAAUGUGCCAACGUGCCUAAACCCUGACCUGGAGGGACAGCCGUUGAGAACGAGAGGUGCCACCAAAUCCAGCCUGCUGUCAGCACCCAGCAUAGUCAGUAUGUUUGUGCCUGCACCCGAAGAAUUCACUGACGAACAGCCCACGGUGAUGACGGACAAAUGCCAUGACUGUGGGGCCAUUCUUGAAGAAUAUGAUGAAGAGACACUCGGGCUGGCCAUCGUGGUCCUCUCCACGUUCAUUCACUUGAGCCCGGACUUGGCAGCCCCGCUCCUGCUGGAUAUCAUGCAGUCUGUGGGGCGAUUGGCUUCCAGCACUACUUUUUCUAAUCAAGCAGAAAGCAUGAUGGUUCCCGGCAAUGCCGCAGGGGUGGCCAAGCAGUUCCUGCGCUGUAUCUUCCAUCAGCUGGCCCCCAACGGCAUCUUCCCGCAGCUGUUCCAAAGCACCAUCAAAGAUGGGACUUUUUUACGGACCUUAGCCACGUCUCUGAUGGACUUCAAUGAGCUGAGCUCUAUUGCUGCCCUCAGUCAGCUCCUGGAGGGUCUAAAUAACAAAAAGAAUUUACCAGCAGGGGGUGCUAUGAUACGCUGUUUGGAAAACAUUGCUACCUUCAUGGAAGCUUUGCCCAUGGAUUCUCCCAGCAGCCUCUGGACCACCAUCAGCAACCAGUUUCAGACGUUUUUUGCCAAGCUGCCUUGUGUUUUACCUCUGAAGUGUUCUUUAGAUUCCAGUUUGAGAAUUAUGAUUUGCCUCUUGAAGAUCCCCUCUACCAAUGCCACAAGGAGUUUGUUGGAACCAUUUUCAAAACUGCUCAGCUUUGUAAUUCAGAAUGCUCUCUUCACCCUGGCCUACCUGGUAGAGCUGUGUGGCUUGUGUUACCGAGCCUUCACUAAGGUAAGGUUCCAUAGGUGUGUUCUUGUGAAACUGAAACCUGGCAGAAAUAUUCUCUUUCUAAUCAGUUUUAUUUGUGCAGAUGCUGGAACCAAACUAGCGGAGUCAACAAUCCUGAGCAAGCAGAUGAUAGCCUCUGUACCUGGAUGUGGGACGGCCGCAAUGGAGUGCGUGCGGCAAUACAUCAACGAAGUGCUGGAUUUCAUGGCAGACAUGCACACGCUGACCAAACUGAAGAGCCACAUGAAGACUUGCUCCCAGCCUCUGCAUGAAGAUACCUUUGGUGGACAUCUCAAAGUCGGGCUGGCUCAGAUUGCAGCCAUGGAAAUCUCACGGGGCAACCACAGAGAUAACAAAGCUGUGAUCCGCUAUCUGCCUUGGCUCUAUCAUCCCCCUUCUGCAAUGCAGCAAGGACCUAAAGAAUUCAUCGAGUGUGUCUCCCACAUCCGUCUGUUGUCAUGGCUGCUUCUGGGUUCCCUCACUCAUAAUGCGGUGUGUCCAAAUGCCUCCUCUCCCUGCCUACCCAUACCUCUGGACGCAGGUUCCCAUAUUGCAGACCAUCUUAUUGUUAUCCUGAUUGGAUUUCCAGAGCAAUCAAAGACCUCUGUGCUGCAUAUGUGCUCCCUCUUCCACGCAUUCGUCUUUGCUCAGCUCUGGACGGUGUAUUGCGAGCAAAGUGCCGUCGCCACGAAUGUGCAAAAUCAGAAUGAAUUCAGCUUCACAGCGAUACUGACAGCACUAGAAUUUUGGAGUAGGGUGACACCCAGCAUCCUUCAGCUAAUGGCCCACAACAAAGUGAUGGUAGAAAUGGUGUGUCUCCAUGUGAUUAGUUUAAUGGAGGCACUGCAAGAAUGCAAUUCAACCAUUUUUGUCAAGCUGAUACCUAUGUGGUUGCCAAUGAUUCAGUCAAACAUCAAGCACUUGUCUGCGGGACUCCAGCUUCGCCUUCAGGCCAUUCAGAACAACGUGAACCACCACAGCCUAAGGACGCUGCCGGGCUCGGGCCAGAGCGGUGCUAGCCUGGCGGCCCUCCGCAAGUGGCUGCAGUGCACCCAGUUCAAAAUGGCCCAGGUGGAAAUCCAGUCCUCGGAAGCCGCCUCUCAAUUUUAUCCUCUAUGA